ACGACGCCACCGCGGCGUGUGGCGCCGCCGCCGCGGCCGCGCAGAAAGCUGGCUGCCGUCUGGACCGUUGCUGCGCGCGCGGACUGCUUCCAAGGGACGCUGUCGCGGACUGCGCCCCUCUUCCACCACCCUCCGCCCCUCGAAGAAGUGGACAAACCCCCCACCACCAGACAUCAAUCGUGUGUGCGCCGUUUCUCCUUGACACCCGGAAAAAAACCGACCGACCCACAGCGCGGAAAGUUCCCCGUGUUUUCGCGGCACCCGGGUCUCGUCCGUCCUCGCCCCCCCCCCCCCCCCCCCGCCCUCUCUCUUCAUUCAUAAUAUCCACCGCUCCCAGGCUUUUGUAUACCAGGCCGAAAUCCGAUACCAGGCGCCGAAGACCUUUUCGUGCCCUAAUUUCCAAUAACCUUGCGACCUUUUGCCUACUCCUUUACGAUUUCGCGCAGAACCCCUUACGCUGACCGCGUCUCAAGAAGUGAACAUUCCUAGAAGAUCAAGAAAGGGGUGCGCGUACUUAACCUAGUAUUACCGCGCACACGAGGGAAAAAGUGCCGAGUGGGCAAGGCUGUAAUCGCGGUUGGCUUUCUUGUGAAGCCGUACUAUGAAUAGCGACAGUGGACUUCAAUGGCUCCUCGUUCUCGCUGCGUCCUGACGUGCUGGCGAGCAAGUCACUGACACCGUUUUCUGAAAAAGAAAGAAACCAGCGGUGCGACCCGUCUCUCGAGGCGUUGAAUGCGCGGACGUCUCGUCAUUUGCCCGACCAUGCUACUCCGUCUGCUGAGUGCCGCCUCCCUGCUAGCUGCCGCGGCUGUUGCGAGCCCGCGACCGCCGGAGGAGGACGCCUUCCGGGCCAACGCCAUCGAGGUGGACCGCAAGUCCGCCUCGCCGCCGCUGCUCGCCAAGAAGAACGACGUCGGCUCCUCGGCGGCGACGUCGUCCGAGUCGUGCUCCCUGGACGCCACCCUGGCGUCGAUGACCAUGGGCGACCUGGAGAGGCUCAUCGAGCGCUUCGCCAAGCUUCAGGGCAUGACCGUGUCCGGAGUCGUCAAGCAGCUCUACUCGGCGCUCUACUCGUCCAUCAAGCGAAAGGUCGCCAAUGAAGAGGGCCUGUCCCCGAUGGCGCUGGAGGCGAUCCAGGAGCUGUGCCUAGGGGGCGCUGGCCCCGCCUACCAGCUGGUGCCCCCGCACGGUCCCAUCUUCUCGGGCCUGAGCAGCGCCUUCAUGCCGAACACGGAGUUCGCGCCCCUGCCGCCCAUUAGGAAUCUCCGACCGCCGCCCGGCGCCAAGCUGGUGGUGCGGAACGACGGCGAAGACCUGGACGCCAGCAUAACCGUCUCGCCCAAGAUGUCCCUGGUGGAAGCGCUCAGGCGCGCCGACUACAAGCUGGCCGAGGACACCGGCCGGGGAAGCGGCGUCCUCCACCUGGGAUUCUCGGCCACGCGGGCCUGCUACAUCGUCGAGUCCGUCGCGGGGCUCAGGGCGUCGCCCGAGCGCGCCUGGAAGAUCACCAUCUCGGACCGCUUCGGGAAGUUGGUGUACGAAGACAUCUGCCUGCCGGGUACGGACGACUUGGUGGUUCAGCCGAGGAUGAAGAUCGUCCUGACCUACGUGGAAGCCAAGCGGAAAGCGCAGUGAACCCGCUUCGCAACGCACUGCCUAUGCGGGCUGCUCGCCCACCUGCUCGGGGGAAAUCUUCGCCACGUCCCCCCACCAUUACACUCCGUGUUAACUUAUUUCCUGUCUCCAGCCUCGCUCUCUGCUUCCCACUACAACUACCUCCCGUCAGAAAAGAUGGCGCCGUCUGCCUGUCUGUUCUUUUCGGCCAGCCAACGGAGGGGGCAGUGUACCCGUGGUCACAGUUACUUUCUCCCUGACUGUACGUUGACUACUGCGAUGGUCGAGCGUCGUAGACCUCACGUUACAAUCCGCACUGUUUAGGAGGCUGCUGAAGAAGAUGCAACGAAAGCACUGAUGAGAAGGCGAACACCAAGGAAGAUUCUUCGACGUCCUCUGCCAGGAACGUGCAUCUGGCCGUGAGAGCAGACGAUCUUGCUCGUCACGCUAUCGAAAGCUUAUCUCGCACAGCCCUUGACGCAAUACCCUAUCUUAGCGCGAUCAAUAUGCAGGGAUGUUACCUUCAUAAUGCGGAACCGCUUGUCGAGGAAGCACGGCUGCGAGCUCACGUCAAGCAGUACCUUGUUAGAAUAGGAUAGACUGCAGACUUCACCCCUUCAAUGAGAUGGCAAAUAUACAAAUACAGGAAAGUUGACAUAGCUACUAUGCUUGAGGGGAGGGGCACAGGCGGAGUAGAAAGAAAGAAAGAAAGGAGAGAAGCACGAAGAAGUUCAAACGAGUGUACAAUGCAAGAGUAGCACGCAGCGUUCUUAAAGCAUAUCAUACAGGUCCUCGGUACUCGGAAAGCGGAGUCCUGCAUUUACAGUUUUUCUUUUCUUUUUUUUGCGUAGGGCAGUCAUCCGCUGUUACAACUUAAGGGCUCAGGGUCAGUGCUUCCCAAACGGACUCCUUGAAUGACUUCGUAACGUAACGCCUUCGUAACGUAACGCCUCCGUAAUGCCUUCGGCCCUUGAAGGUACAAUAAAUGAAAUGAAAUGAAAUGCCAAAUGUGCUUCAAUGGGAUGGGAUAGGCGGGGCGAGGCAAGGUCACGCUCCUGCAAAUCUCAGUCAGUUCGAGGGUGUCCUUGUAAGCAUUACCUAGCUUCCCAUGAAAGUGGGAUGGAGCAAGUUGAGCAGGCUGGAGGUUGAGCUCUCUGAGGUUGGAACAGUGACCACCACGCUGCUUUAAGUCCCUCUCGUUGGCUGGCUCCCGAGUCGGUUAUGUACAAACUUUUGGCGACGCCCUUGGUCGCGUCGUUGAAGCGUGUAUUCAUUAUAGGUUGUGACGUCAAGCUAGGCACGCUGGCCCAGCUGUCGAAGCAACUGUGCCGACAGCAAACACUGUACCGGGCAGCAGCACCGGAGAUUGCGAAAGAGAACCCAAUAAAGGAAAAAAAAAAGGAGCGAGAAAA